UUACGUCCCGUUGACAGCGCUGCGGCGGCACGGCGGUGCCUAGUAACGGGCUGGAAGUUAGUGGAGCUGCGGGGCGGGUCAGUUUACCGUUUAGAAAGCAGUACAUUUAGCUUUAUAUUUAAUGAUAUAGGUUAUAUAACCUAUUUAUAUACAGGAUACCCUGAUAUAAACUCAGCAGCAGCAGCAGAAGCGGCGGAGCACUGUAACCUCAGUCUGAACUCCGAGCUCUUCCUCCUGAGAACCGCGUGAACCUGCCCAUCCGCCCCGGGGUUAGCAAUGUAGCUAACUAGCUAAGCCUCCUCCAGUUUUCUGAUGACCCAUUUCUUUCUGGCCAGUUGCAUUUCCAGUUGAGCUCCACCCUAGGGUACCUGAAGGCAGUGUGGAAGCCUGAAAGCUGGGUUUACGGCUCACGCUGGUAACUAGGUGGACCGAUUGUAUAAUGGAGCGGUGACCGUCGUAAUGGCCCCUGAGUCGCAGCACCUGCGAAGCUGAGCCGUGGACGUGGCCAGAGUGUUUUGAACGGGGCCACUGCAUCACGGUUUCUUUCAAUGCAUGAUGUACAAGGACUACAGAUCUGGACGAGCCACAGGACUGAAUCCGCUGCCCUUUGACCCCGCCAGCAACAACGAACCCCUGCAGUUCAACGGCUCCAAUGGUCCUCUGGUGCCCGAGUGUCCACUGGAGAACGGAACAGAGAACAACAACAGCAAGAAGAGGAAGCGGCCUAAUCUUCCUCCAGAAAGUCUGCGUAAUAUUGCCAUGGAUUCCAGCCCUUUAGGACUGCCCAUGUCAGACCCAAACGCCUGGGCUACUGCCAUGAACAACCUGGGUAUGGCGCCUAUGGGCAUGACCGGCCAGCCUCUCAUGUCAGAUUUUGACCCCAGCCUUGGCAUGAUUCCGGGCAUUGCUCCAAUGAAUCCCAUGAUGCCCGGCCUCGGCAUCGUACCUCCGCCCAUCUCUCAGGAUUUGCCCAUUGUGAAGGAGAUCAUCCACUGCAACAGCUGCACCCUGUUCCCUCCCAACCCCAACCUGCCCCCUCCGGCCACGCGAGAGAGACCCCCUGGCUGUAAGACGGUGUUUGUGGGGGGUUUGCCCGAGAACGCCUCCGAGCAGCUCAUCAUGGAGGUGUUUGAGCAGUGCGGUACCAUAAGCGCCAUCCGCAUGAGCAAGAAGAACUUCUGUCACAUUCGCUUCGCUGAGGAGCACACGGUGGACAAGGCCCUCUUCCUGUCUGGCUACAGGAUCAGACUGGGCUCCAGCACAGAUAAGAAGGAUACAGGGCGGCUGCAUGUGGACUACGCCCAGGCCAGAGAUGACCUGUACGAGUGGGAGUGCAGACAGAGAAUGCUGGCUCGCGAGGAGAGGCACCGGCGCAGGAUCGAGGAGGAUCGCCUCCGUCCCCCAUCGCCACCCCCCAUAGUGCAUUACUCAGAGCAUGAGUGCAGUCAGCUCGGAGAAAAGAUCAAAGAUGACUCUAAGUUCCCCGAGGCGGUGCGUGUCCUGCUGACCUGGGUGGAGAGAGGGGAGGUGAACCGGCGGAACGCCAACAACUUCUACUCCAUGAUCCAGUCCUCCAACAGUCACAUCCGCAGACUAAUGAAUGAGAAGGCCGCGCACGAGAAGGAGAUGGAGGAGGCCAAGGAGAAAUUCAAGAACUCUCUGGCUGGCAUACUAGUGCAAUUUGAGCAGAUUGUGUCUGUAUUCCACGCUUCUUCCAAACAAAAGGCAUGGGACCAUUUCUCCAAAGCCCAGCGCAAGAACCUGGACAUGUGGCGCAAGCAAGCAGAGGAGAUCAGGAACAUCCAUAAUGAGGAGCUGAUGGGAAUCCGCAGGGAGGAGGAGAUGGAGAUGUCAGACGAUGACAUGGAGGACGUGCCGGAGAGCAAAGACUCGGACGACUCAGGACCAAUGGCUCAGGUGGAGGCUCUGAGGGAGGAGAAUGAUAGUCUGAGGUGUCAGCUGGAUGCUUACAGGAACGAGGUGGAGCUGCUGAAGCAGGAGCAGAAUAAAGCCCAGCCGCUGCGCUCCGAAGAGGACAGCACACGCCAGCAGCAGCUCACCUUCCUCCAGCAGGCCCUGCAGGGCAUGCAGAAGCAACUGCUGAAGAUCCGCGAGGACCUGAAACAGAAAGAGCUGGAGCUGGAGAAAAACGAAGACGAGAAGCAGCAGCUGGAGAAUCAAAUCCAAAGCCUUAAGGAGAGAAUCCAAGCCUUCCCUACACCACACACUCUGCCUCUGGAGAGACCGGAGCGAGAGGACCAAGGCAGUGAUGAAAGUGCAAAUCACACCAACGAUGCAGCAGCAGCGUCGGCGGUGGUUUCCUGCAGUCAGGAGAAGGAGAGCCUGCCAGAGAAGGGUCCGCCCAGCCCGGUCAAGUCUGAGAGAGAAGCCCUGCUCGUGGGAAUAAUCUCGACGUUCCUCCAUGUACAUCCGUUCGGAGCCAGCAUUGAAUACAUCUGCUCCUACUUACAGCGCCUGGACACAAAGAUCAGCACAACGGAGGUGGAGACGCUGCUGGGCCGGCUGCCCUGCACCUUCAGGCAGGAGCUGACGGGCGUUGGAGCCAGUCUGGAGAAGCGCUGGAAGUUUUGCGGCUUUGAGGGCAUCAAGACAGCGUAGGAACGGGCUAUUGGGCAUCACACCCAAGGACUGACAUGACCGGAGCACUUGGAAGGACUAAAAAGAAAAGAAGGAAGAUGAAGAAGAAGAAGAUGGAGGAAAGGAAAGUCCUGCGGACAGCCAAACACCUGCCAGCAUUCUUCAGCAGCUCGCCGAGCCCUGGAGAAGUUCAUUCAGCUCCAGACAGGGCCUGGCCUCUGAGUGGACGCCUCACAGUGUGUACACACAGGCACAUGUUCAUGUGGGUUUGUGUCUGAGCGUGUGUGUGGGUGCGUGUGUGUGUGUGUGUGUGUGUGUGGGUGGGUGGGUGUGUAUGUAUGUGUGUGUGUCAGUGCCAUGUGGCUGGACUGGUCCAAGUCACCCAUAAACACAGCAGCUGUGACUCACCGUCGCAUCGGAGACUCGGAUACUCAUAGCACAGAACCAGGCUGAGAACUGGGGACUAAUCUGUCGACAUGGUUUCACGUUUUCCCUCGUUUGACUCCUGAUUUUUAAGAAAAGACAAAUGAAAAUGGAUAUAUUUCUUCUCUGCGUUCUGUAUAGGUUGCGAUCAGCUGCAUAGAACGUUUUUUUUUGUUCAUAUACUCUGUAAAUGUUUGAAUAACUUGCUAUUUUUAAAUAAAAAAGGAUAAGGAAAAAAAAA